GAGCUCGAGCUCGGGAUAUAUCUCGUCGCGUUGGCGUAUCUCGCGUCGAAACCAGGGGUGGUGUCUUGGAUAUUCGAUCAAACGGUCGCCCGGGCGGUGGGGCGGGCGGUCGAGCGGACGUACGAUCGAGCGGCGGUGCGACGAGGACGUAAACUCGGCGGCGGGAGUUUCGGCACGGCGUAUCGGGCGACGGACGCGAAGCGGGGGGAAGAGAUCGUGAUCAAGGUGGCGAACGAUACCGAAGGGGCGGGGGCGUUGCAGAUCGCGGAGGCGUACAUCAAUCGACGGAUCGCUCGGGCGCCGAACGUCUCGGGUGGGUGCGCGCGGUUUUUGGGGACGUACGACGAGGCGGAGGGCGCGCGGACGCCCGUGAUCGUCUGGGCGUACGAGGAGGGGAGCGAGUACACGCUGGAGGAUUACUUGGUCAAUAGACGGUUCCCGGAGUCGCUCGAAGAGGCGCUCGGGAUCCGAACGCGCGAUGGCGAGACGGAGGCGAAACGCGUGAAUAAGGUUGCGAAAAAAAUCAUGCGAGACCUCAUGCGCACCGUCGCCGGCUUGCACGACAUCGGCAUCGUGCACAGAGAUCUCAAGCCGGCGAACUUGGUUCUCAUGGGUAACAGAUUUAAGCUCAUCGAUUUCGGUGCGGCGUGUGAUUUGCGUAGCGGCGAGAACUACGAUCCAGAGCAAGGCUUGCUCGAUCCAAAAUACUCGCCGCCCGAGCAGUUCAUCAUGUCGCAAAAGACGCCCGCGCCGCCGCCGCUCAUCGCCGGGUUCCUCGCUCCACUCCUGUGGACCGUCGCGCAGCCGCAGCUGUUUGAUUCUUACUCCGUGGGAUUGAUUCUUUUGCAGCUCGGAUGUCCGCAGUUGCGCUCGAGCAACGUCAUGGCUCCGAACGGCGCGUUCCAGCGAAGACUCGAGGAGGCGAACUACGACCUUCGCAAGUGGCGUCGAGACGUCGAAGAUACCCUCGGUUGGGAUUUCUCCGCCCUCGACGUGAGCGGCGGUACGGGGUGGGACCUCGCGUGUCGCUUGGUCACCAAGCGCAACGCUCUCAGACGCGGUCGCCUCGAUGUUGGCACCGCGUUGGCGCACCCGUUCAUCGCCUUGCUCUGA